AGCAACCUCCCUCAAACCCUGCAAAAACCCCCUUGAUAAUGACCAUCAAAUUAAAAAACCAGUAACUCUUUUUUUGAUAAUAAUCCGGUCUUUGUUCUUUUUUUCCAUGGCAAUGGAGCUCUACACGCCCUUCAAGCCUCUCUCAAAUCCACACUCACCCCACCAUACGGCUGACCUCUCCUUUUCAUCUUCAUUUUCUUCACCCUUUCCCAUCCAAAUUCACCUCAAGAUUCCCAGAAUUACAAUCUUCAACUCCCCAAAUUUCAAAGUCUUAGCCGUCGUAGCAGACUCUAAAGAGCUCCCACAAAACAGCCCUCAAAGGCUUCUCAAAGAACUAGCAGAGAGGAAAAAAGUAGUGUCCCCAAAGAAAAAAUUGCCCCCUAAAAGAUAUAUACUCAAACCCCCGUUAGAUGAUAAAAGGUUAGCUGAAAGAUUUCUCAAUAGCCCACAAUUAUCACUAAAGUCCUUCCCUUUAUUGAGUUCUUGCCUGCCCUCUUCCCGGCUUAAUAAUGCUGAUAAAACUUGGAUGGAUGAGUACUUGCUUGAGGCCAAACAGGCUCUUGGGUAUCCCCUUGAGCCAUCAGAUAGCUUUGGGGAUGAUAACCCUGCAAGGCAUUUUGAUACUCUGUUGUAUCUAGCUUUUCAGUACCCACAAUGUCAGAGGAGUAAAGCUAGGCAUGUGAGGUCAGGGCAUUCGAGGCUGGGGUUCUUGGGGCAGUAUGUUCUCGAAUUGGCUAUGUGCGAGUUUUUCUUGCAGAGGUAUCCGAGGGAAUCACCCGGUCCAAUGCGGGAGAGAGUGUAUGCUAUGAUUGGGAAGAGAUUUCUGCCUAAAUGGAUCAGAGCUGCUAGCUUGCAGAAUCUGAUUUUUCCCUAUGAUAACAUGGAUAAGUUGAAAAGAAAGGAAAGAGAGCCUCCCGUGAAAUCUGUAUUUUGGGCUUUGUUUGGUGCAAUCUACUUGUGCUUUGGCAUGCCAGAGGUUUAUCGUGUUCUUUUUGAAGUAUUUGGAAUGGAUCCCGAGGCUGAAGAUUGCCAGCCUAAACUUAGGAGAACACUUGAAGACGUUGACUAUGUCUCUGUAGAAUUUGAAGGCAGAAAACUAAGCUGGCAAGAUGUUGCUGCGUAUAAGCCACCAGAAGACGCUCUAUUUGCACAUCCAAGGCUUUUCAGGGCAUGUGUUCCACCUGGUAUGCAUCGGUUCCGUGGCAAUAUAUGGGAUUAUGAUAGUAGGCCACAAGUCAUGCAAAUACUGGGGUAUCCUUUGACAAUGCCUGACAGGAUUCCUGAAAUCACUGAAGCCAGGAAUAUAGAACUUGGACUUGGUUUACAGCUUGCUUUCUUGCACCCCUCGAAAUACAAGUUCGAGCAUCCACGGUUCUGCUUUGAGAGGCUAGAAUAUGUUGGCCAAAAGAUACAGGAUCUUGUAAUGGCUGAGAAGCUGCUGAUGAAACAUCUGGAUGCUCCUGGGGGAUGGAUACAAGAGAAGCACCGACGACUCCUGAUGAACAAGUUCUGUGGUAGGUACUUGAGAGAGAAGUAUCUCCACCGUUUCAUCAUUUAUAGUGAACAGGUUCAAGAUGCUUAUGAACAAAAUAGAAGGCUGAGAAAUCCAGCUACUACAUCUGUUCAACAAGCCAUCCACGGGCUUUCAUAUGCUGUCUAUGGGAAGCCCGAUGUUCGACGCCUGAUGUUUGAGGUUUUUGACUUUGAGCAGAUCCAACCAAAACCCGUAGGAAACUUGUGAAAUUGACCGAAAAGACUGUAACAUGUCAGUUACAAUGUUUAAUUUUCCAUCCAAAAGUUGGCCGGUGAAAUCACGAGAAUAAACACAUUGUGUACACAUAUUCAGUUUCAGCAUCAACUCAGAUUAGCUAGUGCCACGAGCUUUUGGAUGCAUUUGCUUGAGAAAAACAUUCGUCUGGUUGUCAGAUGCGUGAAAAUUGGAGGUUCUGCUUAUGAGACAAUGUAAUCAUGGAGGGCUGGCAGAUGGAAAUUCCGCUGUUAAAAAGUGCAAAUCCACCAUAGAAUGCCACGGUAGAACAUUUGAACGGGGAAGUGGUAAGAAGCCUACUGCUAACUUCUUUGCAUGAAGGGUUUCGGUCCCAGUGGGCAGUCCUUUGAAGCAGCAACAGAUUUUUUGGACCUAUGCGAGGUUGUAUAUGUAAUGCAAAUAUGGUGGUAGUUUUCUGAAGUGUAUGGAAUGAUGUUUCUCUGCUACCAUAUACACAUUCAACCCCCUAACGUGUAAUAUCCAUUUCUUUCCAUUAACGCCAACCUGACUGAAUUUGUUGUAUAUGGUUAUGCUAUGGUGCUUGAUUCAUCAACUA